UACUGUGAUACUGUCAACGAAUGUCAGUUGGUUGAUGUUGAGAAAGUUGCAAAGAUUUCCUGGUUUUGUUAGAUUCGCAAAAGCCUGAUGAUCAAUGUUAUUGUUCGCAAUGUAUAAAAAUGGGACAUUCAAACAAUUCAUUUUAACUUCCGAAUAAUAUGUAACUAAAUUCAGUGUUAAUUUGUGUUAACAGUGCACCUGAUGUGUCAGUAAACAUGUUAUCCAGAUUUCACCACUAUCACGGCUCGAACAUUAUUCUCUUUGAAGAGAACACAGUGGCUUAUCGAAAGGCUAGUUUUGCCCAUGGAUUGACUUUUAGUGAGAAGCCUCUGCUGCCAGGGGAAAUAUUUUUAGUAGAGAUAGAGAAAACGGAACGCGGAUGGAGCGGGCAUAUGAGGCUGGGUCUCACGCUUCUGGAUCCGCAGACGGCAGCUUUAGGAGAUAAGGGCUUACCGCAAUAUGCGCUCCCAGAUUUGGCGAACACUGGUAUGUCUUGGAUUUUUCCUAUUUCAAAGUCUCAGAACAAUGUACUAAUUGAACUUGUAAACCAAGCAAGUGGGCGGCGCGAGUGCGAGCCCCGCGUAUCUGUGCUGGGCGAUGGCCACAGCGUUCGAACGCCUCGCGGCUACAUAUCUAAAAUGGUCCUAAAACCGCAAACUUUAUCACAAAAUGGUACACCGCAAGGCAUAUUACCUAUGGAUGCUGGCAGUCGCAUUGGUGUUAUGUUUGUCCCAUGUCCAAAGACUAGUAAAGAUGAUCCUGACAUGGCAGAGAUGCAUUUCAUUAUUAAUGGUGAAGACCAAGGACCAUGUACUAAAGCAAUACCAUACUCAAGAGGACCGCUGCAUGCUGUGGUUGAUGUUUAUGGAACUACAAAACAAGUGAAAAUUGUUCAACUUUAUGGAGUCAAAACUCUGCAGUCCGUCUGCCGAGACGCGAUACUCCAGUACGUACAGGAUGGCUCUGUGAAGUCACUGCCCUUGCCUAAAUGCAUGAAAGACUUUCUACUCUCAUAGAUGAGGCUAAAGCUUGAAUAAGUCACGAGAAGACAAUAAGGCUGUUACUGAACAACUGCAGUAGAUAUAAUUGGCAACAUGGAUUUAAUGAGCCCUUCAUUUGUGUUGUAGUGUGAGUAAAAACAGUUUAUUUGUAAAUACCAUAGGGUUAUGGAAGCUAGGGCCUGGAACUAUUGAGAUUUGUCUAGUAAAACAUUGCAUACUCAAGGAUGUUUAUUUGCAUAAUAGUUUGCAAGGUUUUUUUAAUAUAUCUGUUAAGUUUGUUGCUGUUAAAAAAAUUAAAGUAAUCAAGCUAUGAAUACACUUGGCAACAAAUUUAUGAUGACAUUGAUGACCUAUUGUGCAGUUGCGAGAUGGCAUUGUUGCCUAGUGUAUCUCUGGCUUAAAGUAUAAAAAGAACAUAGGGGGCAAGGACAAGUUUUUUUUCUUCAUUUUCGUUAUGAUUUACAUGAAGGGCUCAUAUGUUUAUUACUCUGUUUUUUAAUUGCUUAUUUAUUUUCUGAGGAAGUCAUUACCAAUUGUAAUGACAGGGUUUUCAAUCCUUUGGCACAAACUUAGUAUUUCUGUAUCUCAUGAUAACAUAGACUUUGCAAGCUCAAGCACAUUUAUUUUAAUAAUUAUAAGUCACUUAUUCACAUCUCAUUAUUUUACUUAGUGACUAUGCCAUUUUACUUGCAUUCUGUCCUUUCUUCUGAUAGUAAAACAAUUCUAAUAAUAAAAAAACAAGUUAGUAAUGUCCUUUUCAGUCCUCUUCAUUUGGUAAAGUUUUUUGAUACUUGUGAAGUUUUGACCAUGGUCUAAAAACUUAUAUAACAUUCCACCGAUUUUCUUGCAUAUUUGUAUCUAAUAUUUGUCUAUUUAUAUCAUAAUACACCACAAAUUGAUCAUCAUAAAAAUGCAUUGUGUAAUAUUAUUAUUUGUUAAACAAUCAUGAAAAUUUAAAUGAAUAUACUAAUUUAUUAUUUUCUUGUGAAUGAGGAAUGAUCUAAAACUUGUAAAUAAUUAAUAUAAUUUUAUUAUGCUAUCUUUGAAUAUAUUUUUCAAAACUUUCCGAGACUAAUUCAAUUUCUACAAAAACCUAUAACAUAAACUUGUUUUUGCAAUAGUUAGUUUUUAAUCAGCUAUGUUUAUACAGACAUAAAGUGUGCACAUCUUUUAAAAUUGCAGUGGGAACUAGGGACUGAUACCCAUAUCAUUUCGAUCGAUCGGAUAGAUAUCGUAAACGAUCGGUCGCAUCGAAAGCGCCAGCCACACACGAGACGAUCGAUCGUUUACGAUAUCAUAUAUAAACGAUAAUGAAACGAUAAACUUUCCGUACGUUGUAUGGACAAUUGUAUGGAUGGAAACUUUCCAUUUCAUAAAUUUAAAUUCCCUUUAUUUUUCGUGAGUUUCGUAAAUUUUUCAAGAAAUAUAAGACCUUUUUUGAAAGUUUCCGCAACUUGCACAUCACUACUUUGGCACAACUUAUAGGCAGCAAAACAUGAAAUUUUUGGUAUGCCAUUUGCGAAGUCUGUAGAAUCCUUUAACCAAAUUAAUAAUAGCAGACUUAUUGGGAUUGAUGCGACCAUUGUUCAUAAUAUAACUCAUAAAAUGGUUCCUCGUUCAAUGACAGAUAAAUAGCACUAUUUGAAUUGUUAAAGAAAUGUGUAAAAUAAAUUCGAAACAUAGAUUGUACUAUGUAGUUAGUGAUAGAUAAGUAUGAUUAUAAUUCAUAUAUUAUAAUUUAUUGUUUAAAACUUGA